AGCUGUCGCCACGAAGUCAACUUCUGCGUGAAACGCAUUGCGGGAUUUCAUUUAUUUUAAUAUAUUAUUUAAUUAUUAUUUAAUAUAAUAUUAUUGUAUUAUAUGUUUUAUUUGAUUUUAUCAAUAUCAAGUCAAAUCAAACGGCAGGUAGAAGUAAGUAAGAAUAAUUUUCAAAUAUAAGCUGCUAUAUAAAUAACAAAUAAUUUUUUUUUUGUAAAUUAUUACAAUUUUCAAUGUUUUUUUUUAAAUUAGUUUUGGUGAACUAUGGAGUCGAGGGCAUUUAAUGUUAUGGAUGACGAAAAACUCAUAGAAGUUGUUCGUAAUUAUCCUGUAAUUUAUAAAUUGAGUGACAAAAAUUAUAAGGAUAAUUGCAUUAAAGAUAAUGUUUGGAAAGAAAUUUCACAGUCUAUUGGAAAAAACGUAAAUGAUUGUAAGACAAGAUGGCGCACAAUAAGAGAUUCAUAUAAAAAAAAUUUAAAGAAACGAAGAUUAGGUACCGGUUCAGCAGCUACAACAAAAUCGAAGUACAAUGACGAUUCAUUAAGUUUUUUAGAUAACAUCGAAAACGAAAGAAGAACUACAUCGAACAUUUCAGUAGAAAAAAAAGCCUGCAAUGACAACACAAACUACUCAGAAAUGGCCGUAAAUGAUAGUUUUGACCAAACUGAAGAAAUCGAGCCAGAGAAGGAACUGUUACUUAAAAGUUCUGAACCAUUAUUAGAUAUGCCCAUUGAUGACAAACUACCAAAUACAGAAAUAAACCAUAGUUUGAUAGAUUCAUUUACAAAACCGUGCGAAAAAAAAACAACACGAAGAGCUCAAGAUAAAAUAUUAGAUGAAAUUAAAAAAGGACGAGAGGAGCGAUUGGCAGCGUUAAGAGAAAUGAAACAACAAGAAUCUAUUGAUCCAAUUCAAACUUUUUUUAAAAGUAUGGCGUCAACGGUUUCAAUGUUUCCUCCAGAAUCAGUUGUGGAAGCCAAAAUGAGGAUAUUUAACAUUGUUUCCGAAAUGGAAUUACGCUUAUUAAAAACAAAGGCUACCACGAGUACACCACCUGUAGAAACAAUGACAUCAACAUCAACAUUUUCAUCGAAUCUGCAAGUUCCUACAAUACUUGCCGAUGAAUCUUCGUGUUCCACUACGAUGUCAAGUGUUUCGGACAUUUCAAAUCCUACUCCAUCUGCGAAGUCCAAUUUUUCUUAUUUAAAAUAUCUCGAAGAAUAUUAAUUUUUUUAUUUUUAUUAAGCAAGUUUAACAUUUUUCAUGCACAGUUUUAUUUUAUUUUAUUUUGAAAAAAAAUUAUUUUUUGAUAUUUUAUAGUUUGAAAAUUACCAGAUUGGUACGAAGUUAGUAUAUAUAUUAUUUUAUUUUAUUAAAAUGAAAUCUCCAUAUAACAUUGGUGUAAAUUUAAAUAUUUAUUAUUUUUUGUUGCUUUAUUUUAAUUACUAUUAACGCUCAGUGGUUAGGACUUAGGUUAGAUAUAUUCCAAGUUCUAAAUAAAUAAUAUGUAUGUAUUUUUUAAAUGAAUCAUUCUAUCAAUAUCAGAAUAAUAUAAUUGAAAUGGAAAAUUA